AUUUUUUGUUUGGAUUUAUUUAAUUUGCACCACCUGGGUUGAAAAUCUAUUUGUUUGUACAAGUAAAUAAUAUUUUUCAUAAAAAGUUCAAUAAAAAAAUUAAAUAUUCACAUUAUAUAUAAAUAAAAUGUACUUUUGGAAAAUAUAACCUUUGUUGAAGCUAGAAAACGUAAAAAGUAUGCACAGAAGUUAUACAAGGAUUGGUUGCUUAUGUAGCAUUUAUGCAUUCCUAUCAUUAAAAUUUCAACUUAAAGUAAUUCUUUAUGAAAAUUUUAUGAUUGAAUGGCUAGUAUAAGCUUCACUAAACUUAACUGGAAUAAUGUAAUCGUGUAAUGGAUAUCAUUACUGAUAAAGAAGACAUACUGGUGUUUGGAAAAGAAACAACAAUUGAACAUAUUAGGGAGAAAUUUGAAAAUACUUCAUAUUCUGCUAUAGAAUUCAAUAACUGCACUUCUAUUACAGUUGACGAAAUAUGUGCGGUCAUUCCUCUUGUUAACAAAAACCUGCAUACUCUAAUUGUAAAAAAUGUUUUAUGGUUCAAUGAUGAGUGUGUUGAAAUUUUAACAGCUUAUUGUAAUAAAAUAGUCAAGCUUGAACUUUUGGGGUGUCUUAAUCAAAUUACUCGGUCAGGCAUUGAAUCGAUUGGACGGAAUUGUAGUUCUCUCACAUCUCUGUCAAUACUAUCAUCGGUUGAUAAUUAUAGUGACUCCAGUGCAAUGAGUAAGCUACACCUCUGGGUUUUAGACAAUCGACUGUUUCCUGCUUUAAUAAACAACAUGACAUCUAAUCUUGAACAUUUUGCAUUAUCUGGAUUCAGCUUGUUAACAAAUGAUGCACUUGAAAAGUUUUUGUCAAACUUUAGAUCAUCAUUGCUUUCAUUAGAUUUUAGCAGUUUAACAGUUGUAAAUGACGUCACCUUAAACAAGAUAGGAAGUUAUUGUCACCAUCUUUUAUAUCUAAAAUUGAACUUUUGUAAAAGUAUAACAGAUUGUGGAAUUGAAAGUUUACUUAUUUGCAAGUCAGAGUUAAUGUUGCUAGAAUUAUCUGGGUGUGAUAAGUUGUCUGAUAAUGCAAUUCAAUUAGUAGGAGAAAAUUGUAAGAAGUUAGAGACCAUUAAGCUUGCAGGUUGCAUAAAUUUAACCCAAAAAUCUUUAAAUUAUUUAUCAUUAUGUGAAAAUCUUUCUUUUAUUGACAUGGAGAGGACAUCUAUUAAGUAUUUACCUUGUAGUUUAACAAAGUUAAUGAGCCUAAAGCAUCUUAAUAUUACAGGGUGUCAAGGUAUUUUGUUUCCAUCAUUAGAGAAUGCUCAAAAUCAAAUGGAUAAUGUUCAAAGUAAUUUUUCUACAAUAUUAGACACACUACGGGAAUACAAUAUUACACAAAAAUUAACUUGUUUUGUUUUGGGUAACACAAGAAGUGGAAAAACAAGCCUCGUGCAUUCUUUAAUAGAAGAUAAUAAUUGCAUAGCAGAUGGAGAAACAUUAACUGCUUCUGUUACAAAAUGGUAUCCUUUUAGUAAGGCUUCUGAUCUGAAUGAAAAAAUCCAAAAGGAAAAUAGAAAUCUUGUCAUUGAAGUUUGGGACUGGGGAGGUCGAAAAGCUAUGGAAAGUUUUCCAUCAAUUUUUUUCAACAAAAGAAGUAUGUUUAUUAUUACCUUCAAUUUAACAGUGUACAGCAGUGCAUUAUAUAUUCCUUAUAUUAUCUCUAUGAUUCAAUCAAAGGUCCCAGGAUCAUUUAUCAUUAUUGUUGGUUGUUUCAGUGAUCUAUCAACGGUAGAAAAAGUAAAAUACUUAUGUGAUCAAAUUCAAUUAAAAAUCAAAGAACGAGAAGAAGAGGAAAUUAAGGAAAUAAAUGAUGAAUUAAAAUUUAUCAGGAGUUUGGGAGCAAUUUCAAAAGUUGGAUUUAAAAUAAAGAAACUUGAAUCGUUAUUAGACCAUAGGCCUGCUAUAUACAAAGAUAUUAUUGUGACAAGUAAUGAUGGGAAGGGCUGUAAUGAACUGCGUGAAGUUAUACUUAAAAUAGCCGUAAAAGAGACUUAUUUUCCUCCAUAUUCUAUUGAUGAUACAUUUGAGCAGUUUUAUAUACAUCUUUGUUUGCUAAAAAAUGCAAAUAUAGCAUUUCUAAGAUGGCAUGAAAUCCUUUCUAUUCUCUAUAAUUAUGGUGUUACAGAAGAGUCAAAAGUUUUGGAAAUGGUGAAUUUAUUGGAAGAUUUGGGAUGUUUGCUUGUGCUUAACAAGUCCUCUUGCAACCAUCUUGCAAGCAAGUUUUACUUAAAAGACCCCACUAAUAAUAAUCUUGUAUGCAUCAAUCUGCAGUUAUUUGCAGAUGUUAUUGGAAAAAUUCACUCUCAUAGUACAAGUGCACAACAGUUGUUAAAUGAAUUAACACAAAAAGAUUAUAUUCGAUCAGUAUGGCCUGGAAAAAAGCCCUAUGAGUGGACAUUAAGAAAAGCAUUUGAUCAGGUUAUAGAGAAUGGACUAUUGCGUGAAACCAUUAUUCCUUUAUUACUUGCGGAAUGGAAUCUUUCUGUUGAACAAAUAGAACUUGUAAUAGAAGCUCUUCAGUUGUCAUAUGUAAUGUUCUCCAGUGUUACAAAUGCUGCCUAUGACUUGGAGUUGGUUGUUCCAAAGAUGAAGAAUUUAUCAAUCUAUAAACUGUAUCACUUACCAAUGCAAGGAAGGCUUCCCUAUAUUACCCAAAUAAAUGCUUGGCUGUCUACAUGCCCUAAUUCCCAUAUUGAAGUUGGAUGGAUAUUCCGUUUUCUUUCUGUUAAACCACCUCAACUUUUCUUAAGUUUAAUAUCUGCUUGCAUUCCUUUAAAAAUGCAAUCCCAAAUUUUAGGCUACUGGCAAACUGGCUCGUACAUAAAGGUCUGUGACAUUGUUGUCAAUGUUUCUCAAUGUAAUGAAAAAAGUUCUUUACAAGUUUUGGCUCGAGUACCACUUCAACAUGGAUCUCGUCAUGCAGUCAAUCGUGGGUGGAGUUGCCUAGCUAAGUAUUUGUAUACUAUUGAAAAAUAUUUGCAAUCUUUUAAUGGAAUUUAUUAUGAGAUUCUUUCAUUGCACUCAACAAAGUAUGUUCCUUUACUCGAAGUUAUUGAUAAAUAUGAAACAGGUUACCUCAAGUUUCCAGAGAUUUUGUGGUGGAUACCUGUUAAAAAUUCAGAUGAUUUGUCACACAUUGCUCCAAUUUCAUCACAAAGUUGUUUAAACUGGCUUCAAUCAAUAGCAGCCCAGUAUAUGGUAUACGUGAGUCAUUCUUUAGAUCUUUCUGAAGAAGUCAAAGUUGUUAUGCAAGCCUUGCAGGAUGCUUGCUUUGAAGUUUCCAAUAAUAAACAAGCAAUCUUUGCAUCAGAUUUGGUUAUUAUUAUAGUUACUUCAAGAUAUUUUGAAGGGGACUGCCUUUCCUUUGUUAAGAACAACGCAAACGGUAAGCGAAUUGUUUUGGCUAUAUUUGAAGAAGAUUUUGUUAUUUCAAGUAGUGAUGAACUACUUUGUGACCGACCGUUUGUUGACAUAAGUGGUGGUGUUGGAAAUGGAAUUUCUUAUGUUCCUGAUUACACUCAGUUCCGAAGUUUAAUUGAAAUGUGCAACAUUACAAUGUUCGGCCACGGUACUUUAGGUGAAGAAAACAAACGAGGUUCCGUUUUAAAACCGCCAGACACAACAUUGGAUUCAUCAUUUCGUAAACCAGCCAACCAUAUUUCUGAAAUUAUAAGAAAGUGUUCGACGCUUACGGCUGACGUUGAAAUGCGAAAAGUUGCGUCUACUGCUGUUGCUUCUGCAGUUGCGCUAGCUACAGCAGAACAUAUUGCAAAACAAUCUUGUCCGACAAUGGGUGCUAAAGCAGCAGCUAUGGCGGCUGCUGUUGCUGAUGCAGUUGCGAACGGAGAUUCGGAAAAAGCUGCAAAAGCUGUUGUAGCUGCUGCAGAAGCUGUUGACGAAGCUGUGGCGUUUGCUUGGAGGUUAAAAGUAAAUAAAUCUUUGAAGUCUGAAGAUGUAAAAGCAAUUCCAAAAAAAGUAAAAAGUUCGUUUUGCACGCUGUUCUGAAAUUUGAUAUUCGAUCAGAUAUUCUGAAAUUCGAUAUUCGAUCCGAAGUUCGAUAAGUAUUUCAAAAUUCUAUUGGGUUUUAAAAAACGACGUUUGUAAAAAGUUGACAUAGAGUUUUGCUUUUGAAGAAACCAAUCGUAAAGUAAUUUUUUCAAAGAAUUUUGUAUGUUACUUUUAAACCUUUUGUUAUGCGGAGAGAAAUAACCGAAAUAA